AUGUCGGACAGCGAAGACAAUGUGCUAAACUUGUGUACAAAGAAAGCGCGCAUGUCCCUUGUUGCAAAUGCAGACGGAUCUGGCGAUGAUCAGGAUGACAAAUCUUCAACUGCCAGCACAAUCAUGGAGGAUGCCUCCUCUAGGAGUGACACUCCUACCCAGGGGGUGGGGGGCCGACGGGGCAGGGGGCGCAACAAGAAAUGGAGAACCAAACUACAAUUCAAGUGUACCAAUUUUGUGAAGGAGGACCAUGGCCAGCCAAUAUUUGGGAUAGAUGUGAAUAAGAACACCAAAGAUGGAGAACCGAUCGUGUUUGCAUCGGUGGGACACAACAGGGUAACCAUUUAUGAACUACAAGAAAAUGGAAAAAUCAAACUGUUACAGGCUUAUGCAGACCCCUGUGCAGAUGAGAACUUUUACUGCUGCGCCUGGUCAUUUGAUGAUGUCACAGGUCAGCCGCUAGUGGCUGUGGCUGGACUACGUGGAAUAAUUCGUAUUCUAAGUCCUAUUGCUCUAUGCUGUGUGAAACAUUUUGUUGGCCAUGGAAUUGCUGUCAAUGAACUGAAAUUUCACCCAAAAGAUCCCAACAUGUUGCUUUCUGCAUCCAAAGAUCACACAAUCCGACUGUGGAACAUUAAGACAGAUGUGUGUGUGGUCAAGUUUGGUGGUGUGGACGGCCAUAGGGACGAAGUACUCAGUGCAGAUUUCAAUAUAACGGGGAACCUGAUCACUACGUGUGGUAUGGACCACUCCCUGAAGAUCUGGAAGACAGACACAGAGACAAUACAGGCCGCCAUGAAGGACUCCUACACAUACAACCCAGCCAACUCCAACAGACCAUUUCCUACUGUUGCUCAACAUUUCCCAGAUUUCUCCACAAGAGACAUCCACAGGAACUAUGUAGACUGUGUUCGAUGGUUCGGCAAUUUUAUUCUCUCUAAGUCGUGUGAGAACUGUAUCAUUUGUUGGAAGCCCGGCCCCCUGGCAGACAUGAACUACCCCCUGCGACUCAGCGACAGCAAUGUGUCCAUCCUCCAUCGAUUCGACUACAAGGAUUGUGAUAUCUGGUACAUGAGAUUCGGACUGGAUUUCUGGCAAAAGGUGCUUGCCUUGGGAAAUCAGAUUGGUAAAGUGUAUGUGUGGGACCUAGAUCUGGAGGACCCGACACAGUCCAAACCCAUUAUUUUAACCCAUCCAAAAUGUUACACUCCAAUACGGCAGAUUUCAUUCACACGAGACGGAAACACCAUGCUUGCUGUCUCCGACAAUGCUACUAUAUGGAGGUGGGAUCGUGUGAAGUGAACCGAAUCUCUCCAAUGACCCAUGACAAAUAUGUACCAAACCUUAACAUGGAGCAAGAGCCAAGUCAUAACCAAAGGAAGAUAUGCUGAUAUAGAGGCACUGAAAAUAUGACUGAAAAGAACUCUGUAAAAUGAUUUGAGUUAAGCCAAUAAAAAAAUUUGUUUUUAA